UCGAACCUCCGCCGGGUGCCGCGCCGCCUUCCCACAAUGCAGAGCGCGCGGCGCGUCAUCGGAGAGGGACGGCGAUGAUGGCGGCGGUCGGUGCACCAGAAGUGAUCACACAGCUGGAAAGCGCUGCCAAAGUUUUAAUGGCUCCGCCGUCCAUGGUCAGCACAGAACAGAGGCAGCAUGCUGAACACAUCUUCCUCUCCUUCAGGAAAUCCAAGUCCCCCUUCGCCAUCUGCAAGCACAUCUUAGAGACCAGCAAGGUGGACUACGUGCUGUUCCAGGCAGCCACGGCCGUCAUGGAGGCCGUGGUGCGGGAGUGGGUCCUGCUGGAGAAGAGCAGCAUCGAGUCGCUCCGAGCGUUCCUCCUCACCUACGUCCUACAGAGACCCAAUCUCCAGAAGUACGUGCGCGAGCAGAUCCUGCUGGCCGUGGCCGUCAUCGUGAAGAGGGGCUCACUGGACAAAAGCAUCAGCUGUAAAAGCGUCUUCCACGAGGUCGGACAGCUCAUCAGCAGCGGCAACGCCGCCGUGCAAACGCUGGCGUGCUCCAUCCUGACCGCCCUGCUCAGCGAGUUCUCCAGCUCCAGCAAGACCAGCAGCAUCGGCCUCAGCAUGGAGUUCCACGGCAGCUGCAAGCGCCUCUUCCAGGAGGACGGCCUGCGUCAGAUCUUCAUGUUGACCAUGGAGGUGCUGCAGGAGUUCGGCCGCAGGGAGAACCUCAACGCCCAGAUGUCGUCCGUCUUCCAGCGGUACCUGGCGCUGGCCAACCAGGUGCUCUGCUGGAACUUCCUGCCGCCCAAUCUGGGACGCCACUACAUCGCCAUGUUCGAGGCGGCGCAGAACGUCACGCUGAAGCCGACGGAGAGCUGGAGGGAGGCGCUGCUGGACACCCGCGUCAUGGACCUCUUCUUCACCGUGCACAGGAAGAUCCGGGAGGACUCGGACAUGGCCCAGGACUCCCUGCAGUGCCUGGCCCAGCUGGCCUCCAUGCACGGGCCCAUCUUCCCCGACGAGAGCGCCCAGGUGUCCUACCUGGCCCACCUGGUGGAGGGCCUGCUCAGCAUGAUCAACGGGAUUGAGAUCGAGGACUCCGAGGCGGUGGGACUCUCCAACAUCAUCUCCAACCUGAUCACCAUGUUCCCCAGGAGCACUCUGACGGCGCUGCCCAGCGACCUCUUCACCUCCUUCAUCAACUGCCUCACGCUGCUCACCUGCUCCUUCGGACGCAGCGCCGCCCUGGAGGAGGUGCUGGACAAAGACGACAUGGUCUACAUGGAGGCCUACGACAAGCUGCUGGAGUCCUGGCUCACGCUCGUCCAGGACGAGGAGCACUUUCCUCGAGGCUGCUUCGUGCAGCCGGCCAUCCAGGUCUUCAACUCGUACAUCCAGUGUCACCUGGCGGCUCCCGACGGCACCCGGAACCUGUCGGUGAACGGCGUCUCGUCCCACGAAGAGGAGGAGAUCAACGAGCUGCAGGAGGACGACCGGGAGCUGUUCUCAGACCAGCUGUCCAGCGUCGGCAUGCUGGGCCGCGUGGCGGCGGACCACUGCAUCCCUCUGCUCAGCAGCCUGCUGGAGGAGCGAGUGACGCGGCUCCACGGUCAGCUGCAGAGGACCCAGCAGCACCUCGUGGCCUCGUCCGACCCCGGGUCAGUGGACCGCAAAGUGCUGGACGACCUCUAUGAGGACAUCCACUGGCUCAUACUGGUCUCAGGGUAUCUGCUGGCCGACGACUCGCAGGGCGAGACCCCCCUCAUCCCCUCCGAGGUGAUGGAGUUCUCCAUCAAGCACACCGCCGAAGUGGACAUCAACACCACGCUGCAGGUCCUGGGCUCGCCGGGCGAGAAGGCCUCGUCCAUACCGGGCUGCAACCGCACCGACGCCGCCAUCAGGUUGCUGUCGGCGGUGCUGCGGACCUCGGAGGUGGAGUCCAGGGCGACGAGGGCGAGUCUGACGGAGCUGCUGAGCCCGCAGAUGGGGAAGGACAUCAUGUGGUUCCUGAGGCGGUGGACCAAGACGUACCUGCUGCUGGACGAGAAGCUCUACGAGCAGAUCAGCAUGCCGCUGAGCGCGGCGUUCGGCGCGGACACGGAGGGAGCCCAGUGGAUUGUGGGAUACCUCCUGGAGAAGGUGAUCAACAACCUGUCGGUGUGGAGCUCGGAGCCCGAGCUGGCCAACGACACGGUGGAGCUGCUGGUGACGCUGGUGGAGAAGAGGGAGAGGGCCAACAUGGUGGUGCAGUGUGAGAGCUGGUGGAACUUGGCCAAACAGUUCGCCAGCCGCAGCCCGCCGCUCCACCUGCUGUCCAGCUCCGUCCAGAGGACGCUGAUGAAGGCGCUGGUGCUCGGAGGCUUCGCCCACAUGGACGCCGACGCCAAGCAGCAGUACUGGGCCGAGGUGCUCCACCCGCUCCAGCAGCGCUUCCUCAACCUCAUCAACCAGGACAACUUCGCCCAGAUCAGCCAGGAGGAGGCGGUGAAGCGGGAGAUCGUCGCCACGCUGGAGGCGCUGUGCGGCAUCGCCGAGGCAACGCAGAUCGACAACGUGGCCUCGCUCUUCUCCUUCCUCAUGGACUUCCUGUCCAGCUGCAUCGGCCUCAUGGAGGUCUACAGCAACACGCCGGAGACCAUCAACCUCAUCAUCGAGGUGUUUGUGGAAGUGGCUCACAAGCAGAUCUGCUACCUGGGAGAGACCAAGUCCAUGAAGCUGUACGAGGCGUGCCUCACGCUGCUGCAGGUCUACUCCAAGAACAACCAGUGCCGGAAGAGGAGCGACGCGGCGGCGGAGGAGGACCAGUACCAGGACCUGCUGCUCAUCAUGGAGCUGCUCACCAACCUGCUCUCCAAGGAGUUCAUCGACUUCAGCGACACCGACGAGGUGUUUCGUAACCAGGACCAGGGAACGCCGGCCUCCGGUCGGACGGUGUCGGCGGCGGACGUGGUCCUCUACGGCGUCAACAUUGUCCUCCCGCUCAUGUCCCAGGACCUGCUGAAGUUCCCCUCGUUGUGCAACCAGUACUACAAGCUCAUCACCUUCAUCUGCGAGAUCUUUCCAGAGAAGAUCCCUCAGCUGCCUGAAGACCUCUUCAAGAGCCUCAUGUUCUCCCUGGAGCUCGGGAUGACCUCGAUGAGUUCUGAGAUCAGCCAGCUGUGUCUGGAGGCUUUGUCUCCGCUGGCCGAGCAGUGCGCCAAAACCCAGGAGAAGGACACGCCCCUCUUUGUCGCCACCCGUCACUUCCUUAAGCUGGUGUUCGACAUGUUGGUGCUGCAGAAACACAACACGGAGAUGACGGUGGCAGCGGGAGAAGCUCUCUACACCCUCGUGUGCCUCCAUCAGGCGGAGUACUCGGAGCUGGUGGAGGCGCUGCUCUCCUCGCAGAGGGACGCCGUCAUCUACCAGCGGCUCGCCGACGCCUUCAACCAGCUGACGGCCAGCAGCACGCCGCCCACCAUGGACCGCAAGCAGAAGGUCGCCUUCCUCAAGAGCCUGGAGGAGUUCGUGGCCAACGUGGGCGGCUUGCUGUGCGUGAAAUAACCACUGGACCCCCCCCCCCCACCCUAUGAACUCUGGGUAAAGAGUCAGCUGGAGGAAGGACCCAUCUCGUGCUUUCACCUCUGAUUUCUGUUUUGGUUUUUUGAUCCCGCCCCUCCAGUCCCGUGUGAUUGACAGAUGUGGUGAUGACGGUGUGUGUGUGUGUGUGUAACUAUGGCGACUGGACUGCAGAGCAGACGGACUCGGUCGCUGACAGACAGACUCGAUGGAGGCUGUCGUCCUCCAUCACCUCAUGUACCUGGAGGCUACACACACACACACACACACCGACACACACACACAGCGACUUUGAUGGUAAAACAAAGUUUCUGUUGUUCAAAAAUGGCCAGAAACAUUUUCUUUUUCCAGCGAGCGUUUUUGUUGUUGAAACAAAAGGGGCCAUUUUUUUUAUUGCAAGAUUGUCACGGCAACCGCAGACUAACAUACACAUUUCAUUUCUACACACACACGGCGCCCCGAUCCUUCCCAGAGUGCCUUUGUUUUGAUGAUUGUUCUGUGUGUGCAGGUUUUUUAUAUUUAGUUUUCUCAUUUAUUAACUGACAACAAAAGCUGCCUGACGUUGGCCGAGGAUACAGCGGAUGUGGGCGCGCGCGCACACACACACACACACACACACACACACACACACACACACACACGUGCAGUGACACGCUGCACAGGAGGACGUUCGCUUUCCUUUCAUCGCCAACAGACAAACAGACUCUAAAAAGCUUCUUUAAAGGUGUAAUAUAUUAAAUGUUUCCACAUCUGAAACCACAAAAAACGUCUGUUUCAAAGACACAACAGACACAGCGGAACUGUUUUUAUUAGAGAAGAAGAGAUGAGCGACUUCCUCGGUUUGAUGUUUAUUUUUUAUUAUUUGCUCCUGCAUUUUGGAUCGUAGUAUUAUUAAUCUCCUCCGGGACUCAAGGAGGCUCCACGACGCAGCGCUGAGGUUUCGCUGUUUUUUUUUUUCCUGCUGUGUUUUUCUUACAGCGGCACAGUUUUAACUUUUCACCACAAACACGCGCGCACACACACUCUCUGUAGUCGGAGCAGAGAGUGUGUGGAGCUGACGGACAGCAAUAAUAAACCAAAUAAAAGGAGCAGAGCCACUUUGUUGCAGCGUUUACGGCACUAAACUGGUUGUUUGUUAAUGAAGUGUAAAAGUGUACAUAAACUUAUUGUAUAAAAUGA